GACGACUUGGUUCCCGAGCCACCGGUUGCAGCAGCAGCAGCGCUCCCUGCGGCGGCGCCCGGUGACCGGCGGCGGGGCCAAGAAAUCGAGCAUCAGCACCACGAGACGGGGCCAUGCUGGGCACCGAACAGCGCCACGACGCGGCGGCAGCGGUGGUGCCCUCGCCGGGCCUCAACAUGGAGCACGGCUUCCUCAGGAAGAUCGAGGAGAACCAGAUCCAGCGGCACUACCAGCUUAAGGAGGACGCGAUGAAGCGAACUGAGACUGCCAAACUGGCGCGCCGAGUCGGCCUGCCCAACAAAUCGACCAAGCCGACCAUCGAGAUUUACCGGCCUCCCGGUGUGAGGGUUUCUGACCUGCCUCAGUCGAGCGAAGACGUGGCUCCUCCUCCUCCGAGCAACAGUAGCCACCACCACCACCACAACCAACAUCACCACCACCACCAGGCGGCGCUCAUGAACGGCACCAACGGCAUCGGGGCACCCUCCCAGCAGUCUGCUGCGCCCAGGGCGGUGCACUUCCAGGUUCCGCCCGUGGUGCUUUCCUCGCUGCCGUCGUCGACAAAGGACCCGCCGGUGGUUGGCAAGAGCUCGCUGCGGCGCUCCAAGAGCUUCUCGCACGACGAGCCGGCGCCUGCGAACGGCUCCUUCCCCGCCGAGUACCAGGGCCUUGUCAAGAAGGCGCUGCACGACCCGAACGCAUUGAGCUCCCACCAGCUGAUGGAACUGGUGCGGGCCAUCUGCCAGAGGGCCACUGAGGGCAUCCAGAAUGCUGAGCCAUCAGCUCAGCUGUGCCUCUCCAUUAUUGCGAAGGAGAGAGGCGAGACGUUCCUGGAGAGCCUGCUGAGCGCCUGCCGUGAGUGGUUCAAUGAGCGGGACCAGCUGCUGCGGCCACUGGACGCUACCACGACAGUGCCACGCCGCUGGACAGCCUACGUUUGCUUCUUGGCCGAAUUGCUGCUGGGACUGAGAGGUCGAAGCGGGAGCUGUGCCAGCGGCUCGGCCGGUGGCCGCGGGGCACCCACGGCGAGCCGCACGCUGUGCCUGGUCAUGCUGCUCUGUGAUUGCUGCCACAUCAUCCUGCGGCCUCCCUCACUCGGCAACCCGGCUGAGAUGGAGUGUCUGCGGUCUGUGCUGACGAUCGCAGGCCGGGCAGUGGAGCGUGACGCCCCCCAGCGCAUGGCAACCCUGGUUGGGCGACUGCGGGAGGCAUUUGUCCAGCCGGGCCUCUCGGCUCAGGCACGCAAGACACUGCUCGAACUGCUCGAGCUGCACGCCUCCGGAUGGCAGCUAAACCUGGCACAGCAGCUGUACUACUUCCCCUACACGAGCCUCGAGCAUCGCAAGUGAGCGGCUGACGACGCUACCACAGCCCCGACCACGACGACGACUCGCCCGCUUUACUUCUUGGUCGCUGGAGAGAGAGAGAGACCUUGACAUACCACAACUCGGCUCUGUUAAACACCAGGAAGUCAGUUCCUCACAUGCUUGAUUGUAGUAUCCUUGACCUGUCUCCUACUUGCUUUGUCCUUCAAUCUCCUCGUCAUUGCUUGUCAUGGUCAUUGGGGAGCAUUGCCAAGAAGGGUUCGAACAGUGUCCGUAACUACUUGGUGUUCUCCUAUAUGACAGUCACUGCAGAAAAGGGAGAGAAAAUGGAGAAAGCAUGAAGAAAUUAAGGAAGACAGCGUCAAGAAACUGGCACUACAUUCAAGAGUAUGUACAGACUUUCUUAGUCUGUCAGUUCGUCAAAGCUAAAUUGUUUUUGAGUAGUGACUGUUUCCACACCUCUGAUAGUUGACAUGUCUCCUGCCACUUUGGUGCUGUGCUGCAUGCUGGGUUAGCAGAAUUUAUCAGUGUCGUAAGCAGGUUGUGGUACUAUCGGGGCCUUUCCGAGUGACCAUCCUUGUGUGCUCUUUGCACGCCCAAGAUGACAAAGGCGAGUAGAACGCUUAUAAGCUGUCUUGCAGCUUACACCAAUGUUUUCUUGCUUUUUUUGUGUGUUUAUUAAUGCAAAUCACAUUGGCAGCAGUUGAUUUUAGUUUUGUUGCUUUUUCUUGUUAGCUGCAUACAAUGUCUUUCUUGUGGCAACUGCUUUGCAACUGUUCUAGAUGCAAGGUGUACAAUGCUUCCCCUAUUUUCCUUGUGUUACUGUGAAAAACAGAUAAGAGCACUAAAGCUGAAUUUUUAUGUGUCUGUUAGUGGUGUUUCAAAGUUUGUAUAAUGGUUUUCGUUGUCACAAAAAGUUCAUUUCAUUGGGCGGCUUCUGUGGUUAGCUUAACUUGUCUCGUUCUUGAGUUUAUGGUGUAACAUUCAGUGUAUACUGAUCUGCUAGUGGCAUGCUGAGGCCAAAUUAUCGCAGUUUGAUUGUUGUGAUUAUGAAGUGCUGGUUGUCCAUGGAUACUUCAAAAUUGUGUGGCUAUUUUUGUGUAUUGUUUGUGCACAAUAGUUUUAAUGUGUGUGUCGUCACUAUUUCACCAUUGAACCAUGCAUCUGUCUUUCCCGACUACUUGGCUUGCCCUUUCCUGGUUGAAAAGAUGACAGAGAAGUGCCAUUGUAAUUCUACUCGUCGUGGUUAGACAUCGCUCUUCACAUCCCAUAUUCCUGCUUGACACUGAAGUAGUCAGUUUUCCUGCAUUCUUUCUCUGGCAGGAACGGAAUCUUAAUGCAGUGGACAUGAAUAGCCAUGCUUCUCUACAGCAUCGAAUGUUUCACCAUCUUUGCUGGCUCACAGCGCUCGCAAACCACUGCUCAGUCUGCAGUUUUGUAUUUGUCACCACACCUGGCUGCACGGGCAGAGCUCGUUGCUGCCACGCAGAAAUUGUUCUCGAGGCAGUCACUCAGUGUGCACUUUCAAUCCUUGAAAAGUCCCAUCGCUCUCUGUAAGUAUUGUGAUGCAUUCCUUGAAUACAUGUGCAGGGAGAAGUGCUCAAGUGGACAGUUGAAAUGUGAAAUAUUUCUGCCUACGUUAAGCACUGCAGAUGAUGGUCGUGUUCCCACGAAGCACUAUUGCGUGAGCUGGCUCUUGUGAAACUCUGUUUUCCACUUCCCGGUGGGUCGAGUGCCAUCAACAUUUUGCAUGUUGUGAAAGUGAGAGUUGUCGAGGCCACCCUCGCUCACAGGUCGAGCACUCCCCUUCGAGUUGUGAUGCUUGGCGAGUGCCUCGAGUACUUGACCCUCCUGAAAGGCGUCUUGCGCAAAUGGUGCUCGGGGUGUGACUUUGUGUAAUGGAAUUCCGCUGUGCGGUCUUUCACCUGUUGUACCAUUUUUGAAGCGCACAAGUGUGCCGGCCUGCCAUUGAGGUAAGCUGGCACCACAGCUGAGAGCAGAAUACUGCUGGGCAGAUGGAAGUGAACACGUCAGCUACUGCAUGACACAUAGACUCUGUGCUGUUUUCUCCAGAGAAAUAACCAGGACGCAGAUAGCUGCUCUGGACCCGUCUCUUCUACAUGUUUUUUUCUUUUCUUGUUCAUUCCUAUCCUCCAUGAAGUGUGAAGCGUUGUUGCAUUGUCCCGAACAUGCUGUUGUUUUGCGCAUAGAAAAUAUGUUGUUCUAACCUGAUUGUGCUUGAUAAUCUUGUUGCUCUCUCACCUGGGGUAGUGUGGUAUCACCAAAACUUAUUUACAGGGAAUAUUUUCACAUAUUUAGAUCGCUUUCUUUAUCUCAUUUGUUGCAUUAUUGCACCUUAUAGACACACACAUACCUGAGCACAAUUUCUAAAUCGAUGGAGUCUUCCAACACGCACCAAUUUCCCAGCUACAUCCGUGACUUUGUUUCGUAUAGGAAGAUUUCACUAUUUCACAGAUAGCUCUUUUUUAUUUUACCUCGUAGAGCCAAUGUUGCAUUCAGAGAACCUGGAAUGCGAUUCAUGUUUUGCGAGAUCAUAUGUUUUUCACUCUGUGUCCAUGUGGUAGUGCAUCCAAUGAAAAUAGCCGUCAUGAACAGCCUGAAGUGAUGGCUUAGAUGCAGCAGAAAAUGAUUGUAAGAAUUCAAAUUCAGAGUUGCUGUCGUGUUCAGACAAACCCUCCUAUGAUCGAUGCACAUAUUGACAGGUCGGUGGCCGUGACUAGAUUUCUUAUAUCUUCUUGUGCCAGGGUUUUUAUGGAAAACAUGCUCUUGUAGAUUUAUUAGAAAUUUGUAGAGCCAUCACCUUAGCAGAGGUAGAAGAAACAGGUUCUGUCCAAAUACUGAAAGACUUAUCAGAAGGGGUACCACUUCAAGGGAUACUAAAUGCUGAAGUAAUAGCUCUGAGAUAUGUUCCUUUAAGAAGCACUGUCCAGUACGUAGAUAAUCUCACUGUAUUAGGUAGCUACCAGUUUUCUCUCUCAGUAGCCUAGAGGAUACAAGACGGUGCUUUUAUACAUUAUAUCAACUGCGCAUCAGUGUGUGAAAAAAACUUGUUGCACAUUUUUCUAUCCCUGCAUCGCUAGACAUUUCAUUGAGUUUUUUCUGGUAUCGUCACCUUAAAUUCCAAAGGUAUGACUUGUGUCUGCAUCACUUAUUUUCGGAGAGGUUGCUUGCUGUGAAAAGCAAUCAUUACAAAGCUAACUAACCAAAGACAAGGUGCAAGCAUGAAAGCGUUUGUACAAAAGUACCUUGAAGGACCUGACAGCACUGGAAGGUUCUUUUUUUCUUUGUGACCAAAGCACCUUGACUAGAGUGAAUGCUUUCACAGAAUGUUUUGUAGUAGUAUAACUAGUGCACGUUUACUAGAUAAAAGUCAAUGUUGAAAUGAUAGACCCACUAUUUCUGUGUGAAAAACUGCUGUUCUGAGUGUGAGUAGUUAAUCCUAAUGAGUAGGCACAAGAGCUGCUUCAGAGGGCAACAAACUGAGUUUUCAGCAUCCACAGCAGUCAUGGAGGCAAAUGUUAGCUGAAAGGUGUAUUGUGUAAGAGAGGCUAGGAAUCUAUGAGGUCAUUGCAUGUGUCGAUCAUUACAGUUUAUGGCAGUGCCUAAACAUCUCUGCUUGUUUAGAACAUGCACAUGCGUGGGAACGAAGCAUGUUCUGCUGAUGUAAUUGUUUUCUUAAAGGGGCCUUGAACUUGACUUUACUGAACAUCUGUUUUGGAAGUUCAUAAGGCUUCCAAUUUGCUCCAUUUUUUUUCUGUUUCUUUAUUGCAUUUAAUGUAAAGCUUAGCCCCUUAUUCUUGCUUUAGCUUUAAACGGGCCUCUAGUAUAUACUUAUGCAGCUAGUGCCAAGAAUUUAGUCUGUUGUACUCCGUGGCAACUCUGUGUCCAUACAAAUCACAAAAGGAUGGCAGCAGUGACGGAAAAAGCGUGCACGACAGACACGUGCGUCGGUACUAUGUGCAUCGAAGAAAAAUAAAACAUGCUUGCCUCCAUCCCCACUGCAGCUGGUGCAAAGCUGCAUGUGCAAAAGUUUGGGGUCAUGAGAGGUCGAACAUGCCAAGGUUUGCUCAUUUGUACGUCUGGGUUGUCUUUGAGCCUGAGGGGGGCACACAACCUCCUGGGACAGCGGAACAUGUGAUAAAACAAAUUUUAUUCGUUUAUAGUAGAUACGUUAAUGCAGAACAUGAGCAUAUCUAAUAUCAGCAAAGUGCACAUGACAGUUACUUCAAUUAAAGAACAACAAACUGUCGGUCUUUUGCACAUUAGUGCAAACUACAGGGAGUUCUUUGGUAUACGCUUUGACAGCAUCCUUAGUGUGGACAACAAAGCAAGUGAGACUAUGGGAAGAUUAAAAAAAUGCAACUAAACUUAUUUCAUUUGUUGAACAGAACAGGUUGUGUGCCUUUUUGAUGGCUCAAAAAUUGCUGUAGACUGCAUUCCAACCUCGACUGUGCACAACUAUGCAAACCGGAAAGUGAGUGACGAGGUUGCAAACGUUUUCAAGCUUCUCAAUACUGCCUACCCUAACUAUCUGUUUAUGCUAGGUAGUUUUCAAGGUUGAGGCUGCUCUUUGAAGUGCUUUAUUCGUCAUAUUACAUUGCCACUAGUGUCGUCAUGUAAUGCCUGUCUUCAAUAUGCACAUUCUCAGAAUGGUAUUUUUAAUGCUGUGCACUUUUUGUUCGUUGUCAGUUACAUUUUUAAAUGGAUACAAGCAUUGUAAUGCAGCAUCAUGGAAGAAUCUCGGGUGACAUUAACUGCUAGAGAACACGGCUGCAGUUCGGCAUAAGCAAUUUGACUAUUAUUUGUUGAUAUGGCAUUUGCGAUAAUGAAGAGCCUACUCCGCAAUUCAUGCAUUCAAUCUGCGUAAAACUCCUUAGCAGAAACACAGGUCCUUCUGUGAUGAGGUGCAUUCAGGAAUGAAAUUGUCUAAGUGACUCAGCUUUGCAAGUUUAGAUUAUGCACCGAAAGUCAAAGCUUUGAAUGUCAUCAAACCGUUUUUUUUUUUUUACUAUUGGCUUACACGUCAUAUUCAAGUAUCUUUGCUUAAGACUUUUGUUAGAUGUUGUAAGGUUCCCUAGCAGCCGUGAUGACAGUGCAGAUGUCGCACUGCAUUUCACCUGGACACAAUUCCUAGGCACACCCGUGAACCUUCCAAAGAUGAUGACACUUGCGGCAAGUGAAGGAGAGCUUGAAAAUUUGUAUUUGCUUAAGGUUCUUGUUUUUUGUUUUUUUAGACUGCUUACGGGUGCUGUGUGUUUGCGGUGCUUUUGUUUCAUUGGGUGUUCCUGGGCUCACUUAUUUGUGGCAGUGAUUGCUGAGGCUUGUAUCGCAUUGUAAAAGCACUGUGAAAAGCAAUGUACUGCUUGUACUAUUUUGGAGCAUUUGGUUAUCGACAGCGCAGAUGCCAUUCUUGAUGAGCGAAUGGUUGCGAUGUCAUCUCUUUCCACAGAGCAAAUACCGUCUGUAUUUAUGCGAGUGUUUGAUGUGUUUAAGCAAAGAAGCGUGCAUUCAGCGUUUCUUUGGUGUUUUCUUGUUGAUUCUCCUGCGAUCUUUCUCAUUUUGAUUGUUUUUGAUCUAGUUUUGGCGCUGUCUGUGAUAAGCAGUCACUGCUUUGUUCAUUUUUGUUGGAAAGGAAAAAAAAAUUGAGAGAACAAAAAUUAUUUCAAUUGUAUACUUUGCUUUUGUAUGAAUAGAAAGCUCAUUAACAGAACAGGGCCACUGACGACCUGCGUCUCAAGCAGCCAGGCUCCAUAUAAUUAAGGAUAGUGAAAUAACUGCCAAUCUACAAUUUGCAAUGUGCUGUCUAAUAUUAAUUGCAUAGUGUUAAAUUUGAUUUUGACUUGUUCUUGCUGUUUCUAUGGCCACUUGCUUUAUUCACACUUGAUGUGUCUGAAGCCUGGUUAGACGGAGUAAUCGUAUAAUGUGUUUAUCGUUGGUCCAUAUGUGCCCAUCUGAACUUAGCAUGGCAAGUAGUAUUUUAAUUGCAUUUUAUCUCAUGGUAGACGUGGUUGCAGGUUGAGCAGUAUUUGGCAAUUGGCACUCUUGGACAAGCAGGGUUCAGGGGUUCUCUGAGACCAGUAACCAUGAAUGAUACUUAUGAAAUAUAGUGAGGAAAUGUAAGCUGGUGCACUUUGAUGGCAGCAAACAUUUGUUAGUGCACCCUUUGUUCCUGUUUCUAACCUGUCGGGCUGCUUUGAUGUCGUAGGCCAUUAGUGGCUUGAUGAACAGACUACUAGUCAUUUUGUAGGCCAAUCAUAACAUAUAGCUUUGCAGAGUAUAGUAGUAGCCGAGAGUGAGGCUCUGUCUACAGUGACACGACUAUUUCCUCUUUCUCUUUUCUGGCAUGAUGCCAAAGACUAAUAGAGAAUUAACUGCUAUCUUGUUUCGCGGGCUGGUUUUAUGUUUCUGGCGCAAUGCAUAAAAAUAUAUGUACGUUUCAACGUGCAGCUACUAACCAGCGCACCGAAAAACUAACCUCGCAAGCAAUGAAAUCGACAGCAAUAAUAAAUAAAUGUGUACCAUAUAUCUUGCCAUAAAAGCAUGGAAAGAGAAGUGACUACGGUGCCAAUACUCUCAAGCAGUCAUUUGUAGAAUACUAUUUACACUACUACUAUACUGUUCUUUUUAUUUCUUCGUCUCUUUUGUAUACUUGAACAGUAAUUGAGAAAUAAACUUAGUAGUAUUAAAUAAAA